UGGUUCAUGUGCUCCCAUGGGGACUCAGUGCAUGAUGGAAUGUAAAUAAAAGCAGAUUUUAGGCGUUUUUUAGUAUUUGAUUAUUCGAGAUCAUGUCAGCAGACGUGGAGGAUUCGUGUCCGUUUGUUGAGGACAGUUUCAGUCGCUUCCCAUCGCAGAGUAACAUAUACGGACUGUGCCAGGCAGGAGAACACGAGUUACUGGCCGCUACACUGAAGGGUAAGGUGGUGUGUUUUAGGUACCAGGAUCCUCAGCAGAAGAUCCGUCCUGUAGCUAAAGAACUGCAGUUCACUUACAUCCCAGUUGAUGCUGAAAUUGUGUCUAUUGACGCUUUCAACAAGUCUCCACCAAACCGAGGGCUGGUGGUCGGCAUCACCUUCAUCAAGGACUCCGGCGAUAAGGCCACUCCGUUCCUGAAUAUCUACUGUGAAUAUGAGCCAGGAUCCGAGUUCAAUCUGGAGUCCAUUGCACAGAGCUGCCUGAACCUGGAGCUGCAGUUCACACCCUUCCAGCUCUACCACACCGAGCUGCAGUAUGAAGAGGAUCAGAGGGAGACUGUGUUUCUGCUCAGUGGACACGACCAGCGCAUCCAUCUGUACAAGGAGAACGCCUCACUGCACCAAUUUGAGGAGCAGCCAGUGGAACGUUUCUUCCCUGAAUUGAAGGAGCUCCCCAGCAAUGUGUUGUGGAUGAACGUUUUGAGUAUUAAAGGUGGUCGGCGACUAACGGCUUAUGGUUGCCAGAAUGGCUGUGUUGGGCUUGCUCUUGUCAACCAGAAAGGACCUGAGAUUGUGCAGAGUUGGUGUUUGCAGCUGGACAGUCCGAUAUCCACCGUGUUACUGUUUCCUCUGAAGGUUUCAGCCCAGACGACCAACACAGACAGUGGGUGGGUGGAUCAGGUGCUGCAGUAUAACCUGUUGGUGACCAGCACUGUUGAGAUGGCCGUGGUGUACAGGGAUGUAGAAAGAUGUGGUCUGCGCAGGCCGGCGUGUUUAGUAAACAGUGACCAGUGCGACGCCGUACUUUGCGCCCUCCUGAUUGAUCUGGACUUCGACGGGCAGCUGGAGGUGCUGCUGGGAACAUACGGACAGGACCUGCUGUGCUAUAAAUACCAGCAGCCAGCGGACGCAUCAGACGGGCGCUUUAACCUGCUGUGGAGGCGGAGCUUCAAGAGCCCCCUGCUGUCAAUCAUCUACCUGGACCUGACAGGGGACGGACUGAAGGAACUGGCGAUCCUCACCAUGAAAGGACUGCACAUACUCCAGCACCGUCUGGGCAGCACGGCCGACCUCGUCCUGCAGCGGCUCGCACACAGAGUGGCCGAGCUCUCCGGUACGGAUCAGCCAAUCACAAGCGGUCAUACUGAAAGGACUAGAACUCCAGGCGAGCACGAGCAGGACACUGUAGACGGACUCUGAGCGGCGCUUCUGUUGCCACACGUUGGACUAUGCAAAACGAGUCAAGCUUCGCUCAUAAGGACUGGUAUAUAUUAUUUUGAUGCAUUGUUUGUGUUGCCAUGGACAAAUUGUGGGUCACUGAUCUACAGCACCUUUCAGAAAAUUCCCUAACGGGGGUUGUUUGAUGGAGAUGGCGACGCAUCACCUGGUCAGGUGACUCCAUCCGGCCCUAGUGGACUGUGUUUUGGCAUUAAAAGCAUUAAAUAUG